CGAUAAAUUCUCCUUUCAUCUCAUUAAUUAUAAUUGUUAACAAUAUUUCUUUUUAUGCAGGAUUAUGAUUGGCCCAGCCAAGAAAGAUAAUAGUGGGCAAAAAUCGUCAGAUAAGAGUCAUGAUGCCUACGUUCAAGUGGAACGAUACCCUGGAUCGUGUCAAGUCGGCGGCUCGCGUUCCCGAUCAUUUCAUUUUAUCUCCGCGCGCCGAUGGCUCGAUCGGAUAACGUAGACACGAAGCUACGAAACCCUAUAGUACCGGUGCGGAGGAGUUCCGGAAGGUUCAGAAGCCAUGUUGCCGGUGGCGCGACCUGGUGGCUUUAAAUGAGAUCUUCCUUUCUCUCUAUACAUCACCUACUUCUCAUCAAAAGGAAACAACGGUAAAAUAUGUAUCCGCCUUCGUUCUCAGUUACUCUUGAAGAGCACGCCUCAUUCCCUUCUCUGGGAAUGGACCGUCCAUUCUUCAAUGGAAUGUCUAAGAUAUAUCCAACAUCGAAAAAAGAGGCAGAGGACCAUUCAGCCGGCCGCAUCGCCGCCAUGGACGAGGGUCACGUCUCUUACCAGAUCAUGUCCCACAUACCGGGUACGGGUAAUGAUAGACCCGAAGCCUGCCAAAAAGCAAACGACGAGAUGGCUGAGGCUAUCAAGAAAAGCCCCAAUCGUUUCGGUGGUUUUGCAGCCCUUCCCAUGGGAUAUCCGGAAAAAGCAGCCGUCGAGUUGGAACGGGUUGUUAAAAGAUUGGGCUUCCAGGGUGCUAUGAUCGACAGUCACCUCGACGACAUGACACAUUUUGACGAUGAACGCUUUUGGCCCGUCUUUGAGAUGGCCGAACGACUGGAUGUGCCGAUUUAUAUCCAUCCAGGGCCGCCUACGGAGACCUUCAUCCAAAAAAGGUAUGGCGGAAAUUACCCCGUAAACAUUAUGAUGGGUUUAUCGACAGCUGUUUGGGGCUGGCAUGAGGAUGUUGGGCUGCACAUUCUCAAGCUCUACUCUGCCGGACUCUUUGACCGUUUUACCAAACUGAAAAUCAUCAUUGGUCAUAUGGGUGAGAUGAUUCCCAUGAUGCUUGAUAGGGCGGGGUCAGUACUGAGUAGGUACCGGGAGAAUGAGGGUGGACGUAGCUUCUUCGAUGUCUGGGAUCAGAAUAUAUGGGUAACUUCGAGUGGUAUAUUUAGUGUGAGAGCUCUCGAGAUGCUUUUGAAGGUGACGAAGACGGAUCGCGUUAUGUACAGCAUUGACACCCCUUUCAGCAAAAGCGUUGAGGGUUGGAAUUACCUCCAGGAACUUGCAGACAAGACCACGUUGUCGAAGGAAGACUUGGACAAUUUUGCGUUUGGGAAUGCUAAGAGGUUAUUCAAACUAGAUACGGAGCUCAAGAAGUUUUGAAUUUCCAACUUCUGAUAUCAGGGGUCAAUGAAACUCAACGCUUCAAUGAGGAUCCUGGGGAUUUCACUAGCGUAGCGGUUGAUUAGCUAAUAAAACGGAUGACGACC